AUGGCACCUGAAAAUGCUGGUCAUCCUGUUGAAGCAGUGACAGUGACUGUAACAGAGAAAGAGAAUCAACCCAAAGCAGAUUCGAUGAACAUAAUUACAGAGAAGGAAAAUCAAUCGACGAGGGAGAAAGUAAUAAUCCAAGUAAAAUUCCUCACAAGGAUGGGGAUUGGGAUUUCUCUGCUCUUUGUUUUCUUAGUUAGCAAUUCUGUAGCCUUCUUGGAAUCUCGAUUUCCAAUGCCAGGGCUUGUUCUAGCUAUGGCUCCUUUGAUUGUUAUGCUCACCAUGGGGCUUGCCCUCACUGGUGCCUAUAAGAUGGAAAGCAGGACAAUUCCAGGCUCACCCAUGUGGCUCAAGCUCAAGGUUCACAACAACAACAACUGGAACAAUAUCAGAUCUUGCAUUUUUUAUUCAGGAGAUUGCUCUGACUUGGUGUCAAGAUCCUUUAUGCUCAAAUCAUAUGACUUCAGCAUUAAAAGAUUGUCACCCAUUGAGGGAGGCUGUUGCAAACCACCAUCAACAUGUGAAAUGCAAUAUGUAAACGCCACUUUUUGGGAAAAGGGAGAUGGAGUGAAAGAUAAAUCAUAUCCAUACGACAGUGAUUGCGAUUCAUGGAGCAACGAUCAAAACACUCUAUGUUACAACUGCAACUCCUGCCAAGAAGGAUUUUUAAGAACAGUACAGGGAAAAUGGCGGAAACUUGGCUUCUUCUUGGUUGUCAUGGCAUUAGUACUCAUUAUUUCUCAUUUCUUGUUAUUCCUCGCUACGAUUUGGGAGCAUUUUGCGAGAAUUUGA